AUGCAGACGGCUAGCGCCGGCGUGGCGCCGCGUGCACCGCCUAGCGACAGGGAAAAGAAGCUUAUGGACGUGAUUAUGCACGCAACGGAUGCGCGUAUGACGCCGCUGUUAGCGUGCAUUAAAGGCUGGCCCAUGGAAGCACAGGCGGACCUAGCUAACUGGCGCCCAGUACUAUUGAAGCUACAUCGACUGCUGCUUUGUGCGAUUGAGCAAUGUCCCAGGCUUUUAUUGAUCAAUACAGAGCUAGAAAAGAUACAGGAGCUGGCAAUGAAGCAGACAGAGCAGGAAUUGACGGAACAAGUGCUUGAGAUUUUGAAAUUUUCUGGAUUUUUGCUGGAAAACGCUGCUAAUAAGGCUGUAUACCCAUCUGUUGAACCUGUAAUGGCUCUAUUAGCAGCAAGGAAUGAACAUAUAGUGACGGAAGCUACGAAAGUAGUAGCUAUGCUGGCUUUACCCCCUCAAGUACAUCGUUACGCUGCAGAUCCAAUGAGUUUUGUGGACCCUGCAGCAACCAGGAAUAAUUUAUUGAGACGACGUUUGCUGACGGUCGCGCAAGGUCGAGGAGCACCAAAAAUUAGUUUGGAAGUGGUGGAUUAUUUGAAUGUAGCGAACAGCGAGACUCUCAAUGAAGUGGAGUUUCAAUUUUACACCUCGGACCAAGAGGGUGAUGACUUGACGUCUCGUGUGUUGAGAGUAGCGAUCCCGCCGUACGAAGAGAUAGUGACCGAAAUUACAACUCCUGGGAACGCGGCAUGUGCAGCGGCUACAGCGUGUGAACGCCUGAUUGCGCAGCACAAGAUCCCAAAGAGGCUGCAUUUCGAAUUAUAUACCCAAGUACGCGCGUGUUAUGCAUCUCGCAGUGCAUUGACACGUGAAAACUUGGUCGUGGAACGACUGCACGCGCUUCUCGCGCUUUUUUCUCUUUUCAGUGAUGCGUGGGACGUGACGAAUUACGUGGACAAAUAUCCGGAGCUUACACGGGGAAUUGUAGAACUCAUUCGAGUCGAAAGUAUUGAGCGCGUACCGGUGCGCGUGCGUGUCACAGCGUUGCUUGUACUUACCGCAUUAGUGAACGACCGCGUUGGGCGAGGAGGGGGUAUGGGUGUGCUUGGUCGCCAAUCCAAUGUGUUGCAAGUAUUGGGGGUUGUGAAAGGGACACCACACGGCGUUUUUCCUGCGCUCGUGCGCUAUUGUAUGGCCGAGCUAGGCGAUGCUACGGCGCUAGAUUCUGCGACACCAACCCCAGUUUCUGUGUCGCCAUCCCCAAUAGUGUCGGAAACUGCUGAUGCAGAUAUGGAUAUGAGUCUAGCUGUCGCGUUUGUGCAGGCAACAACCGAUUUGCUAUCUCCUCAGGAAGCCGAGAUCGUUAGUGCGCCCCCAUUCCGGAGCAUAAAUGGCGGGAGUAUACAGGAAACAAAGUUGUGCUGGAUGGAGGGGGUUUUAGGGCUACUAACGGCUGUAGUAGCAAUUCAGUCUGGUGCUGCUGUUCUAACAGAGAAUGGGAUUGUUCCAGCGCUUUUGCAUGUGCUUACAAUGCCCGCAGUAAGUGCUUUCCACGUGGCCGUAACCACACAGUGUGUGCAAGCGCUAGAAAUUACCGUUAGUAGUCACUCGGCGGCAUCUGCGCUCUACCGGGACCUAAACGGAGUUGGAAUACUUGUGGAUCGACUCAAGCUGGAAUGCACCAGUCUUGCCGGUCUUUUGAAGAACUCAACGAAAUCUUCAGUGGUGUCUGAAACAAAGACGGUGCUGUUGCUAGCCAUUCUAGCUUCGUUAUCGAUGUCGUUUCAUUCUCAAGGUGUAAUGAGCGCAGGGGCUACAAGCCGUGCUAUUCGUGAGGGAAGCGCUCUUAACAAAGUGUUACUCCAACUUCUGUCCAAUGCGGACAUAUUUGGUCCAGCUGUGUUUGCUCAAGCGGCAAUCGUUGUUUCUGAUGUUAUCAACAACGAUCCAAGCAGUGUGAAUCAUGUGCAUGCUGCCGGUUUGGCAGAUGCAUUCUUGAGAACACUUACGCGGUGGGAUAUUGCAGAGUUAUACCCAUCUCGGAUUCUACUGCCGCCGUCUAGUGAACUGCUUACGGCAGUGCCAACAGUGUUGAAUGCUUUGUGCUUAACAACUACACAUGCAGAAAAGGUGGCAAAGUUUGAACCACUGAUGCACCUUUUGGACAUUUUUGCACUCCCUCAAUACACAGAAGAGGAAUGCAAGGAUUACUGUUUUCAGGGUGAUACGGCGGCUGUCGUCGGUGCCGGCAUUUUUGAGCUAAUGCGACAUGUCCCAAGCUUUCAGAAUGCUGCUAUUCAAGCUGCAAUUCAUGCAAUUAAGAAAGUUAUUCGCUUUGGCGAAAAAAGCACUUUAACGACGUCCUCACCGCUGCCUCAUUUUGUCGGAGCCAAGGCCAACGGUAUUUUGAUACGGAUGACGACCCAUGUGGCAGACUUAUUGGAGCCUUUGUUAUCCAAAUCUGAGCACGCAGCGUAUUUUGCAGACCUUGGUGGUAUUCAGCUGCUUCUAACACUGCAUCAGCUGAUUCUGCCGAGCACUUCAUCCUUUCUGGAAAGUAUUGUACCUAGCGAUAACAGUACGCGAGGCGGGCUAUCCGAAAGCACCUUGUCUCAUGAUCCAGCGGUGCAGUCUAUCACACUUGUGCUUCGUUCGUACGCAUCCCAGCAACCUACAAACCUUCUUGGAGCUGUUGUGAAAGAGCUAAAUCUACAAAUGGACAAUCUUAAACAUGCACGCGCUAAGGUUGGAUUGCCUUGGUUUCUGAGUGAAAGCGGCGAGGGCGCCGAAAAGGUGCUGAGCUCAUUACCGGAUUAUGAUUUGGCCGAACUGAUUUGUACACACAAGAAGAGUAGUGCCAUGGACUCUGUUGCUAACAAGGUGGUGGUUGUAGGCGAGUAUCUUCGAGUUUUGGUUGUGCUGGAAUGGCUUGCUUCGGUGCUCAUUUGGACGCUGGAAACUGCGCACACUCACAUGCAGAGCCGGAGAUGGUUUGCUGACUUUACAGCGUCUUCGGCACAACAAAUUAUGGUGCGGUUGUUCCGUGUGGAUCGUUCUGUUCAGUUUGAACGGGCAAGUCUAGCGGCACUACACCAACAAAAGCGAAAGGAGAAAAGCAUUAAGGUACAGAAAACGGAGUCUGGGGGUGGUAUGCAUAGCAGCACGGAGGCGACUGCAGAGGCUGAAGAGGAUAAGUUGGUUUCCGUAGCGUUGAAAAGUGGUUGUCGGGGUACAGGCCUAUGGAGAAUGGGUUCUCUUCUUCUUCUGCGCUUUUCACUGAGCAUCCGCGGUCUAUUAGCGGCUUAUUGUAAGGUUUUCUUAUCGGCUCCGAUGCAGCAGCGCCGAGGGGACGACAACGCGGUGCCCCUAGCACCUCAUGCUCGAGCACUAGCACGGAUGGCUGCGCAAGUUUUAGGAAGCCACCUUCUGUUUGUCGUUUCGGUGGAUCGCGCGGCACAGAUCGAUACCUUUGUGCAGCAGUACUACCUCACGUUUCUUUUGGAGACAAUUUCAAUUGUGCUUUUUGAGGGAAAGAAAAAGCAAACUAAUACUCUGCUACUGGUGGAGCUCAUGAAGCCGAUUAGUGACGUUUUGGAGGUGUACGUUGCGUCGGAACGUUCCGUUUUAAAUGACGAUGCUGCUAUGGUUCACGAAAACAUAGCCUCUGGAGCAAAAGGUGUUGUUGUGUCUGGCAAAGCUAUCGUUAUGUGUGCCGGUGCUCAAAUCACAGCUUCAAGCGUUAUGGACGUGGUCGUAAAUAUUGUCGAGCAUUUUUUAACCGUUUGCCUUGAUGAUGAAAGUAGUUACUGUGGUGUUCAGACCUCUCAGAUGGCGUCUACAUCUUUUCACAUUGCAGCAAGUCUCUUACGAAAACUGUCGAACCUGGAAGCGCUGUCUACGUCGCCUCUGACAGCAGCAUUGCUUUCUAGUGAUGAAGCAGGGAAAGCUGAUGACGUGCCAUUUCAGUCUCGAAGACUUACGGUACAAUUGCAUGCAAUGUGCGUACGUGCGCUACUGUCAUUUUGGAAGAACCCUAAGUUUCUGACUUUGUCUGUGGAUUUAUGUAUGGCGGAGGUAAUGCCUAUUGCCGUGACAAUAUUGAAGAAUCGCAUAGAUAGCAAUGACGAAGGUAUACGAUUGAAUGGUAUAAAUGAGCUGAGCGGUCUUGGCCGCACACUAGUAUCAGGUUUCAGUCACGGUAAUUCUGAUAGGAAUGCCAGCAGUGAGUUAUAUUACGAAACAUUGUCCCAUCAAAGAGCGUUUCUUGGGAGUCCACACAGAGAGAUAUCGUCCGGGCUUGAGCGUCAGUCUUUCGUGCCGGAUACUGAAAUUGUUGAGAGCUUGGUUUUGAUGGGCUUCUCGCAGCCACGGGUUGAGCAGGCACUGCGACAAAUUCAAGUGAACAACAUGGAGCUGGUUAUGGAGUGGAUUCUGAACCACCCCGAAGAAGAGAACGAGCCCGAUGUUGAUGAAACACAACAUGAUGAAGCACUGGGCGACGACGAUGCGGCUGCAGAAAUAAUUCUCCGUCGAGAUGAAGCUGCAGCAGGUGGGAAAAAGAUGGAAGAAGUUUUGCAAGCGCUUUACAUUUCAUUACGAGACAGUUUUGAGUCAGUGUGCUUUGAAAUACUACGGGUACAAGCCGUUAAAGAAAAACACGAAGACAUGAAGGAUACGAAGGACUUGGAUGUCCGAAAUAGAUUGUAUCCGGGUCAAAAUGUGGCUAAAGCAAUUGCAGAAUAUUUCAGUUUCUUAUGCUCACGCUCAGAUGGAGACCGUGAUUUGGUAAUACAACGUCUGAAUGCUUCUAUUUUGGAAUAUUUCAAUGGUGGUGAAGAGGGUGCAGAUGCGUAUUUGACCAUGCUUACCCAUCUGCUAGCGCUCGUGCUACACCAAAAUCCCGAUUCGUGGGCUGUGAUGCAACUUCAAUCUCCAUCGUGUAUUGACAAACUCGUAACUUACGUUUCGAGUGCUGGUAUUUCUGGAAACGGUACUCUCAAGCCGUCGUGUACGCCAGUGCUGUUAGUUUUUGACGCAAUAGUAGCUGGGAUGGCAGCAAAGCAAUUGUCUUCGACAGGCUCCUCUUCGCUUGAUGAUACUCUCGUAAGGAAUGAAAACGACUUUGAGAACGAGUCAAAAGAACACAGUCAGAGCGGUGACAGUGCUGUAAUGUACCGUGAUGAGAAUUCCACAUUCGAGCAGCAACUUGUUAAUAUUUGUUUGCAAACACUGAAGCGGGUAUCUUCAGUACCCUCAACGAAUACCAGCAAAUCGGCUGCUCACGCCAUUUGGCAGCUUCUGUCGCGAUUGACUCUAAAGUACAAUCUGGCGUCUUAUUUUUCGGCGCAUGGUGGUCUUGAUGCUGUGUUGGAUAUUCCAGAAAGUGUAUUUUUUGUUGGGUACCAAGAACUGACGUGUACGUUACUUUCGCAAUCACUAGAAUCUCCCGAAGUAUUAGAGCAUAUGAUGGAAGAAAGAAUUCGGCGUGCGAUGACAAAGUUGUCAGCACGAUUACCAAACCAGACACGUAUCACGCCGCGUGCGUUGUUGACAGAAGUCGCCCCCUUCGCAACUCGAAAUGAGUUAGUGUUUCUCAAAGCAUUGCAGAAGUCGGUGCGGGUGAAAAAGACCGAGUCAGGUCGGACAUAUGUUGUUCUGAGACCACAAAAGGCGGAUAAUACCGAUACACCAGCUACUCAGCCUGUUUCGGCUCAAGAUGGUGUGACAAGUGGAGCAAAAACUUCACAUAAGUUCUCCAAGGAUCACAAACAUCAUGCUCACGUAAUUGUGCACAAGAUCAUUGGUCGCAUCCGUCAAUUGUGGGCUGCCGAAAAGCAUGCCAAGAAACAACAAGUCAUACUGGGUGACGAGAUCGAAGCUUUGUCCGGAGGAAUGUGUGUCGGUGUCUACUUGUAUUUACUGGUUCAUCUAAUUACUUACUUUCCUGCAUGCGCAACUGUCCUGGCUAAGACAAAAGAUGAAAUUGGUUCGCAUGGAGAGCGCGGGAGCUUUAUUCGCUUGGUAUUGUGCGAGUUUUUACCUUCUCGUGGACUUUGCGAGUUUGCUGCAUCUCGCAAGGCACUGAAGGAGGAUGGAUAUUACGGAAACAACAGGCUUGGUAGUGGUGAUGUAGAUCUGCUUGUUACGGAUGUCAAAGCGUUCGUUGAUUGUCGUACAAGAAUGCGUGUGUAUAAUGCGCAUAGACUCCUAGUGAGCAUCGGCAGUCAUUCUGGAGAAGGCUCGAAGUGUAUUAUCUUGGAUCUUGUCCACUUACUUCAGAAGUGGCCAGAAAUUGAUGAUAGAACUCUUGCAAUUGAGAAUUAUGACUUGAGCGUGCGAGAUGAAGAAGCUUUGAGUUCUUUGCACGCAUGGUCAGGUUUGAUCAUGAGUAUUUUGUGGCCCAAGGGUUCUUCAAAAGGGUUUGCUUGGGAUAAGGUUGUGCUGGGAGGAGGUUUAAAGGGCAAACAUUCGUUUGUGACGCUACUUGCCGAAGCUUUGCGAAAGAUUGACCUGACUCAUCCAUUAGCACACGCUACCUGCACGAUGCUGCUACGCCCGCUGUCGACGCUGACGCGUUCAUUUGUGACACACCGCGUAAGACGUUUGUUGAAGAAGCGAAAUGGCAGCUCAACCAUUGUAGGCGAUGCGACUUUAGCAGGGGGUGACCGAGACAGCUCCAACAACGAAUCCAGUGUAGAGCCAUCGGCCUCAAUUGUGGUGGCUUCAACUCCAGCUUCAUUGUUACCGGAGACUCGUGAUACAAGGGAUUGUGCUAAUCGCGCUAGCAGCAUGGAGGUGGAUGUAACUGUUCAAGAUCCAGCACAUUCCCAUGAGACGACGUUUUAUCCGUUAGGCGAAGAAGAUGACGACAUUUCAAUGCGAUCUCCACUAUCCGAAAUGGACGACCACGUCAUGCAUGACGAGGAUGAGGAGCAUAAUGGAGACGAUCGCAGCAGUGUUUCAGAUCAUUCUACGGAUGAAGGGGAAGGUGAAGAAGAUGAUGACGAUGAAGAUGACGAUGAGGACGAUGAAGAUGACGAUGAUGACGACGACAAUGAAGACGAAGAUGAUGAAGAAGAGUUUGAAGAGCAUCAGCAUCUGCACAUGUCUCGCCGUACGGGUGGUCACGAAUCAAGUCGUCGCCCGUCUUCAAAUCGUCUUUGGGGAUCUCUUGAUUCCGAGCUGUCGAUUCUGGAUGCACUGGAUGAAGUUGACGAAGACGAGUUCUCUUAUUUGAACCUAUUAGAUGACGAAGCGUUCUUUGCAGAAGAACAACGGCGUCGCACUCGUCUAGCAGAAGCUCGAAAUGCUAGACGGGGUAAAAGUCUUAGUGAAGGAAGCCAGUUGGCAAGAAGCUCGGAGGAUAGUCUGGUCGAGUCCAUGCGCGAUGCACUUGGGUUGUACGACAGCGGUGGAAGUGGGUCGCGCUCCGUGUCGAAUGGCCAGACUCUCGUGCCAACAUUUGGUGAUGUUGAAGACGAUAUUGAGAUAGGUGAGACCCAAGUCGUUUUGGCUACGCCAAUAAGUCGUGUAAGCAGUGGACUUGGGUCUGGGUAUCAUUCUUCCGGUCCCCAAAGCCGAUCGGGUAGUAACUCUGGCAGUAUGGCUACUUCACUUCUCCAGUAUAUCGAAGAGCUACCAGAAAUGCUUGAUGACGAUUUUCUCUUUGAAUCAUUUGACGCAAGAGGUAGUAGGGGUGAUAGAUCGCGUCGCGAACGACUGGGCCGCUCUAGCAGUAGCGGUGUUGACCAGUUUGGCUUCGACACUACCACUACUCAUCCACUGCUGCGCGCGCAUCGACGUGGGGACUCCAUCGUAUUGGAUGCCAACGGAUUGCUGCGCAAUCCCGGUCGAUAUUCGCUUCCUCGACAUUCGUCUCUUUUACGCGAGUUGCAAGAGUUGACUGACCAAGUUCAGACACAGCUGCCGCUUGGCGGGAGCAGACCACGGCUAGGAUUAGGUCGUGACUUGUUGCAACGUGGAAGUGGAAAUCGAGGGCGACCACCUACUCGAAUCAAUCGUCUAUCAGCUGUAUCCAAUUUGCUUAGUGAGUUUUCGCUAGAUAUUCCGAUCUCAACACUGCCUUCUCGAAACCAGCGUCUCGGUUUACGACGAAAUGAUCGAGAUAUUUUUAGUGACGUUUUCGUCGGAGUGGAUUUAUCACGUGGUCUUAACAGUCGAAGUGGUGACGUGAUUGGAGGUACAGCGUCUAAUGCGGCUAUUUGGAGGCCGAGUGGUGUCGGUCGUGAUGUGGAUAUCCGGUCGGUGGCGUCACGGCUUGAGCAACAGCUUACGCGCAUUUGUGCUGAUGACGAUGAGUCUAGUGUGACUGCUGCUUCUGUGCAAGCAGAAGAAACUUCUUCUCAGCAGCGGGAGGAUGUUGAUGAUAUAAUGGAAGUUGGUAGUGCUAACGAGAUACCAUGGAGCGGAGAACAUGCUGCAAGCGAAACUAGCGCGCGUGAUGGCGCUGAAGAGAGCGGCAAUCAAACGGAUAUCCUAGCGAACAGCAACCGAAUCGAGCAAUCCGACCCGGCGACGGAAGCAGCUUCUGUUUUAGAGCUUACUAGCACUCUCGGAGAAACGUCGCUGCUGCGGUCGCCACCUCAGUCUGAUGCAGAUUUGGACAUUGUCGAUGCAGAGGCGGAAAGUACAAUAGAAGGCCAAGAGACGGCAACAAGAUUCUCAUCUGGGACACCAGAAACUACUUCUGAUAUUACAGCUGUGCUUUCAGCUCCAAUGUCGGUUUCAGCUUCUACGGCAGCAGCAUCUAACACUUCUAAUUUGAUGAUGAACUUCACCCUCGAUUUGACUAGUUUCGGCACGGCCUCUUUGCAGCCUAUCGGUAGUGACAGUAUUAAUCAAGGAAGGGCAGUUGAGGAAGAGUCGAAGUCAGAGGAGCUAGUUGAGGAAGAGUCGAAGUCAGAGGAGCUGUUGCUGACAGAAACACCGACAUCAUCCGUAGAAGCUGUCACGCAGGAGUUGUCGACUGCAUUACUUGAUCAUCACCAUCAGCAGCAGCAGCAGCAGGAGUACCGGUGCCCUGAAGGUAUGGAUGCUGAAGUGUUUGCGUCGUUGCCUCCAGAUAUGCAAGCAGAAAUUGUUGCGCAGAGUGCACCGGCGGUUUCUGAAUCCGCCGGUGCUCGCAGUGAUACGGCCACGGCUGGUGGUGGCGGAGGCGGCUCUGAAAGUAUGUCACAGAUGGACCUGGAUAUGGCGAACUCGAGCUUCGAUCGUGAGACACUGGAAGCGCUGCCACCUGAUAUCCGUGCUGAGGUUUUAGAAAAUGAGCGACGCGAGCGUGAGUCUGCCGCUCGCGCGGCGAUCGCAGACACAUCUCGCGCUCAAGAAAUGGAUAAUGCUUCUUUUGUGGCUUCGCUGGCACCAGAAUUGCGCGAGGAAAUUUUAGUUACUUGCGACGAUGCGUUUUUGCAGACUCUGCCAUCGCAAGUGCGUGCAGAAGCCACCGUCCUGCGUGAACGUGCGGCCUUCCGCUCAGUAUAUCGUGAACGCGACCGCCGUACCGAGAGUCGGGGAGGUGGUAACGGUGAAGGCGACAUGGACGAAUUAUUUAAUCGCCCUACUUUACGACGUAUGCUGACCUCUCAUAGCCCAGAAAGAGGUAGUAGCCGUCGGCGGUCUCGUAUGUAUGACGAAUUUGGAGGACGUCGUAGCAGCCGCCGUGACUAUCUUUUAGGUACUGAGAAUUCGAGAUCUCACAAGGGCUUAUUGCGUGUGGAGAAAGAUGAGGAAGAGGAUGUCGGUGAGCGAAUCUUUGAUGACAAAUGCGUACGCGGUUUGUUGCGACUUCUUUUUAUGACGCAAUCCGUUAUACAAAAUCGUGUGUUUCAGCGACUGCUCGCAAAUAUUUGCCUAUAUCCGCUGACACGAUGCAGCGUUCGGCGUAACUUAUUGCAAGUGAUCUCACUACCGCUUCCAGAGCGCUUGAUUCCCGGCAAGGAUAAAGAUGACGACGAUGAUGGUAACGGUAAGAUUGAAUUCCCACCGACCACGAUGUAUGGAUGUGGUAUAGCAGGAAACCGUACUAUUUGUGGGUCAUCAGUACCUGCUGAAGUGGUGAACCGGAUGUUACAUGUUCUCGUGUCACUUGCAAAGUAUAAUCCACGUUUCACGGUGGAAAUGCUUCUACCCCACGGCAUGCUUCUUGCUUCGAAUGAUAAGUGCACGCCAACGAAGUUGGAGACACCGUCUUCUAGUGAAUGUGGCGUUGCCGUCCUGGUCGACCUGCUGGCAUUGCCGGUCGUGUAUCGCAACGGUACAAAUUUGGAUGCGCUGCUUGAGUUACUUGAACUGGUUCUGUCACCCCUUGAGCGGUUACACACACCAAAUUGCGAUGACGAGGAGAAAAAGGAAGGCGAUGAAGGCGACACAUCAGCCUUAAAAGGUGGCGGCGAAUGGGUGGCAGUCCCGGCUGUGGAGCUGGACGAAGCUCGCAUGGGUAUAAUAGUGUCCGUAUUGGGCAUGGAUUUGUGUACGGCUCAAAUGCAAGAGCGCACACUUGCAGUGCUGAAGCUGUUGAACCACGUGGGUGGCAACCGCGAGCUUGUCAUCAAUGCGGUUGUACGGCAUGCUAGCACGCUGGCUCAUGUUGACCGUUACAAUGGAGAAAACUCACCUUCUGGGUUUGAGUCGUCAGCUGUGCUGCCGUUGGCUCAGGAUGAGCUCAAGUUGCUACGGCUACUGCACUCAUUGUCAGAUGUCUGCGAGAGUACUGCCGAAUUUACUGAGUGCUGCCAAACUAUUGGUUUGGAUCCACUGUGGGAUUCCCUGAGCUCGUCUCUCACGGAAGCGCGUGCGAAGGGUGAUCUUGGUGAUCAUGAUAGCAGUGUUGCUGGUACUUUAGCUGCCCCUUCUGCCGUCCACGCUCCUCAAACGACUGGUUUUCAAGGCCAGCCUGGCAUCGCAGGCGACGAUGCCGAGGGAACUGUGAUUGAAGGCAAAAGCGCGGGUGCGUCAUGCGCGAUGGCAGCGCUUUUGGCACGGUUCCUUCCUAUGGUGGAGGCUUUUUUUGUUGUUAAUGCUCGGGAUGCGGCAUCCAUGACGUUGCGUUUGCCAGAUUCUAGCGAGCGCGAAGAAGCAGUUGUGGCAGCCUUAAGUAUUGGCGGAUUCGAUGGUGCUAAUGCAACAGCGCUAAUGGAUGAUUCGGAACAAAAGUCAUCGUCAAAAAGUGUGCGAAAGCGCAGCUCAUCAUCAGCUUUGUCGUCAGUUUCCGAGGCAAAUGAGACAAUGAGACUUGCAAACUUUGUCGAGUCAAAUCGCGUACUUUUGAACUUACUAGUACGGGAAAGGCCAUCUUUAUUGGAUACGUCUUUGGCAGCAUUAAUCAAGAUUCCUCGCUGUCGAGCUUAUCUAGCGUUCGACAACAAGCGUACAUACUUUCACAGCGCCAUGAAGCGGCUUCGUCAAGCGGCGCUGCGAAGUCACGGUGGCGGUAGCUCGUCCGUGCGCAUUCCUGUACGCCGCGAGCAUAUAUUCGAAGACUCUUAUUAUGCGCUACGUAUGCGCAGCGGUACUGAAUUGCGGCGAAAACUGCACAUUACGUUCACAGGCGAAGAAGGUAUUGAUGCCGGUGGUGUCACGCGAGAGUGGUACAUGAUAUUGGCUCGCGAGAUGUUCAACCCAAAUUAUGUGUUGUUCACGUCAGCAGCGGACUCGCCUACUUUUCAGCCGAAUCCUCUGUCAUAUGUGAACAAAGAUCACCUAAGCUACUUUGAGUUCGUUGGAAAAGUGCUAGGUAAGGCGGUGGCAGACGGUCAGCUACUUGAUGCCCACUUUACGCGCUCAUUUUACAAACAUAUCUUGCAGCUGCCAAUUUCGUAUCACGACAUGGAAGCGAUCGACCCGGAGUACUACCGGAAUCUUCAUUCGAUUCUGGACAGUCCGAUUCGAGAUCUUGGGCUGGAACUAACUUUUUCGGCUGAACAGUCUAAUUUUGGUAAGGUGGAGGUGGUUGACUUGAUUCCCAACGGCAGGAACGUGCCUGUGACUGAUGCGAACAAGAUGGAUUAUGUAAAAUUAAUCACUCAUCAUCGCAUGGCGACAGGUAUACGUCAGCAGAUUGAUGCGUUCCUGAAGGGGUUCCACCAGCUGGUACCACCAGAGUUGAUUGCAAUUUUUAACGAGAACGAACUCGAGUUGCUUAUCUCGGGUAUGCCUGAGAUUGAUAUUGAUGACUUGAAGGCCAAUACGGAUUAUGCCAAUUACAAGCCUACGGACUCGGUAAUACGCUGGUUCUGGAACGUCUUGUACUCAUUCACACACGAAGAGCGUGCGCUUUUUCUGCAGUUUGUGACAGGUACUUCGAAGGUGCCUCUCGAAGGUUUCAAGGCGCUGGAAGGUAUGCGCGGUACACAAAAAUUUAACAUUCACAAGGCAUUUGGUAACAACAGUGCAUUGCCAUCCGCACAUACAUGUUUCAACCAACUGGAUCUGCCCGAGUAUGAAAGUGAGGAAAAGUUGAAGCAAUGUCUUUUGCUUGGAAUCCGAGAAGGCUCCGAGGGCUUUGGCUUUGGCUAA